AUGAGUAGAAGAAGUGCAGCCUUGCAUGGGAGAAGAAGGAGUUCUGCAGACAAGCAGUCUCAGCCUAUCAUUGAAAAAGUAUCCCAAUUGCCAGUUGUGACCAUAUCCAAGACAUCAUCCUCAAGGGAAGAGACUGGAAUUGAUGGAAAUUCCAGUAGUGGCCAGCAAGAAAUAAAAGCUGCAAAUUGUGUAACAGAUGGAGGUGACCAAAAGUUCAGGGUCCCAGGAGUGCACUCAGAUGAGAGGGAUCGCAGGAGAAAGUUGCGUCAUCUGAGAAACAAACUCCGAAGCGAUGAGGAUGGUGAAGAAGUUGCCAUCAGCCCUGGUAAUAGCCGAACAUCAUCUAUUGAUGGUGUCUAUGCAAUAUCUGGUUCUCGGAGGCAUCCUUUCAAGGUCAUUGAAGCCGAUUCACUCAGCUUGCAAAGUGCAAUAUCACUGGGCAAGAUAGGGCGCAUUUUGGGUGGGUCAGAGCCUUCAAUAGCUGGACUGGGAGGAACUGCUGCAUCAUUCAAGGAUGCCACCAUUUCCCAUCAGGCAGAUGAUAAAACUGAUUCCCCACAUGACAUCUCUCACUGUCCAAAUCUGCCUCCUGCCCAGCCAACUGGGAAUGGAUCUCUUGAAAAGCAAGCCACAGUCAGACCGACUCCUCUUGUCCUUCCUGCCUUCCCUUCACCUCCAGAAGAGGAUGAGGAGCGAAGUGAAUCCCCAUUGACACCUGUGAUUCCAAUCCUCCAAGAGCCAGAUUUAGUUGCAAGUACGAAAAACAACAACCAGGGGAAGAUCCCAGUUGCUCCUCCACGAAAGAAGAAGAGCAAAGCCAGUACACAUGCAUCACCUGGCAUGUCUUUGACUCCAAGACAGCCAGAGAAGGUGGGCUCAUUUUCAUCAGUUAUGUCAUCAGAUGUGAGUCCACUAAGCCAU